AUGGACCGCAGCGCGGUUCAUCGAGAUGUCGUCACCUUCAAUGCAGUCAUGAGUGCCUGUGAGAAUCUUGGAGAGUGGCAAGUUGCUUUGCAUCUCUUGAACUUGAUGGAAUCGAUUGCUCUUCAUCCCGACGCGAUCAGCUACAACGCUUGCCUCAGCUCCUGUGAAAAGGGUCAUCAGUGGCAGGUCGCGCUAUCUUUGCUUCAACGCAGUCUUCGUGACUUGAUCAGCUACAACGCAGUCAUCAGUGCCUGUGCCAAUUCCGGAGAGUGGCGACUGGCCUUGUCUCUUCUGGAUGACGUUGCGCAGCAGGUGCUGCCCAACAGUAUCAGCUUCAGUGCUGCGAUCAGCGCCUGCGAAAAAGCAUGGCAGUGGCAGGCAGCCUGCAGCCUGCUCAGCGAGAUGGAGAAUUCAGCUGUGGAGAUCAACGUGAUCAGCUGCAAUGCCGCCUUGAGCGCUUGUGAGAAGUGCGGCGAGUGGCAACAUGCCUUGGAUUUGCUGACGCAACUACCUGCUCGUGGUUUAGUACCUGAUGGUAUCACAUACAACGCCGCCCUCAGUGCAUGUGACAAAGGCAAGCAAUGGCAACUCGCACUGCAUGUGAUGGCGGUCCUGGAACAAUCCCGACUCGCAGCAGAUGACAUCAGUUGCAACGCUGCCAUCAGUGCCUGUGCCAAAGGUGAUCAAUGGCAACGAGCCUUGGCCAUUUUUUCUGAUUUCGAGUCAAAGAGAUUUCAACGUGACCUGAUCACCUUCAACGCGGCGAUGAGUGCCAUGGCACGUGGCGGGCAGUGGCGACGAGCUCUUGCAUUGUUAGAAGCCAUGCCCCAAGAGAUGCUGGAGCCGGAUCAAAUUUCUUUCAAUGCGGCGUUGGACGCUUGCUGCAAGGGUCAGGGCUUCCAGCUGGAGGCCGAUGGGCGUCACGUCAAAGGCGCAUGGGAAAGUGCCUCGUGCCUGCUGACAAUGCUUCAAGCAAGUGGCUUCCAGGGCACGGUAAUCACUGUCAACACUGCGCUGCUGGCAUGCACCAAGGCUCAGCAGUGGAAGCUGGCUGUGGAGCUGGGACAGACUGCGAGCAACGCCGGCAACGCCAUCAGCCGCAGUGUGGUGUCCAAUGCUUGCAGAGUGGCCGGGCAGAUGUCGUUGCUCAGAGAAGUGCUGGGUCAACUGGAGGAGGACGGUCUGCAAGCCAACCUCUACCUCGCUGGUGACCAUCCCAGGUGA